AUCACAACGAUCUUCUACUGGAGACUUUUAAAGCUGUUGUGAAAUGCCUGUUGUGAGUUAGGACAGGUGAUGAUGGGAGGCACAGAAUGGGAGGGGUCGAUCUGAGAUAAGGACGCUGUCUAUUAGAUAAGAGCGCUUCUCUCCGCACCUUCAGCCGGCGGAAAGAGGAAGAUAGACGCUAUUCUUCAUCUGCUUCUGCGUCAGACAACGCUAAACGAGGCGAUACGUUAAGAAGAAUUCACUGCAGUGGACCAUAUUCUUCUGCUCACCUGUGGACAUCUGUAGGAACUUUACAAAGUCAACUGAUGUUGCUUUGCGUUUGACAAGGUGAAACGAAGAACCUUUCUUCCACCUUUCUUCAAGCACCCGCGCAAAUCUGUCGAGCGAUGCUUCCGAGUCCCGUAACCUCAACUCCGUUUUCGGUAAAGGACAUCCUCAAACUGGAACAGCAACACGCUCUGAACCCCAAUGGAUUCGUGGGAGUUGAGCAGGACACUGUACCGCUGCAGUCGCUUCAGCUUCAGUGCAUGCAGAGCACACUGAGCCGGAGUCUGGAUCUCCUCUACAGCCCCGAGAAGCACAGCGCGAUCGCUGCGGAACAGGUGAAAUGUUCCCUGAAUUCAGAUGACUUUGACAUGGUCCGAAGCUCCUGCGGGUCUCCAACGGAGGAGGAGAUGGAUCCAAACGAAGACACAAACAUGUGUCCAUUUGACGACUCCAGUUAUAAUGGUAGAAAAGAUGAAACAUCGCGGGAGAAACCCAAGCAGAGGCUGCGCAGGAAACCCCGCGUGCUCUUCUCUCAAACUCAAGUGUUUGAGCUGGAAAGACGCUUCAAGCAGCAGAGAUAUCUUUCUGCACCCGAGAGAGACCACCUGGCUCAUGUUCUGAAGCUCACCUCGACACAGGUCAAAAUAUGGUUCCAGAACCGGAGGUACAAGUGCAAGAGACAGCGACAGGAUAAAAGCCUCGAGCUGGCCGGCCCGCGGAGGGUGGCGGUGCCCGUGCUGGUACGAGAUGGCAAACCCUGUCAUGGAGCUCCUUACAAUGUCACCGUGUCAUAUCCCUACAAUAAUUAUUACAACAGCUAUGGAAAUAACCCGUACCACUGUAACUUCACUUCUGUGCCCUCGUUUGCCAACGCAAGUCAGAUACCGAACCACUUUGUGGAUAUGAAUUUGACGACGGGAAGUGUCGAUGGGAUCAGAACUUGGUGAGACUUGGCAUCAGUCAUGAGAAGAUUUUGGAUUAAGACUAUUUAACCGAAUGGCACUGAGGAGAAAACACUGUCAUAUAUUGUUGUCUGAUUUUUUUAUAUAUAUAUUUUUGUUUUUAUAUCAGUGGUUUACAAAACAGUCGACACCAAAUAAAGACUAAAUAUUUAAUAAGCUUCACGGAGAUUUUGUCAUGCUUGUAUAGAGUCAUUUUGAGGUUUUUCAAGAAAGCUAUCAUCCCAAAUACGACCUUUAUCGCGAGAUUGAUUGUUAUUGGCUUAUCCCUGAAAUAGGCUAUCUAUUAAAGGAAAAUACAAUACUGCUGGUGUCUGUGAGUUCAAAUAAACCUUUACUCGGACCAUACAUGUUCAAAUUAAAUCUGAAAAAGUGAUUACAUGUAGGCUAUCAAUUUCACAAUAAUGGUCUAC